AUGGACGCCCGAGCGAACGAUGACGACGACGACGCGCGCGUGAACGCUCGACGACGCUCCGUCGCCGCGCGCGCGUCGCCGUCGACGCAAUCCACGCCCGGAUCCACGUGGAGACGAAUGAUCAACGGCGUGGAGAUUCGCUUCCCGCUCGUCCCGUACGCGUCGCAGAUCGCGGUGAUGUCGCAGGUGAUCCGAGCGGUGACGUCGAAACAGUGCGCGCUGGUGGAGUCGCCCACGGGGAGCGGGAAGUCGCUCGCGUUGCUGUGCUCGGCGCUGGCGUGGUGCGAAAAGAUGGCCUCGGGCGAGGACGAGGGAUGGGGUACAUCGGGCGCGGAGCGCGGAGCCGGGUCCGGAGAGAUGGCGGAGGAGAACAGAGGAGGGAGAAACGGUAGGGGACGACAGAAAACACUGACGCCUAAAGUUUUCUACGCCACGCGGACGCACUCACAGAUCGCGCAGGUUGUGGGUGAGUUGGCGAGAACGUCGUACAAGAGCGCGCGGACGGUCGUCUUGGCGUCUCGCGAGCAUUACUGCGUGAAUAAGAGCGCGAAGAAGAGCGGAAACGUGAACGAGGAGUGCCGCAAACUCAUGGACGUGAGCGCGGAGGGACGGGGGUGCUAUCACGCGGGGAAGGCAGCGAGCAUGUUGGCGGAGCACGCAAAGAAUCAAGUGGAUCCGCUCGACAUAGAGGACUUGGUGACGCUCGGGAGGAUGAAGAAGGGCUGCCCGUAUUUCGCGUCGAAAAUCAUGGCAGAAUCGGCCGAGCUGGUAUUCUGUCCAUACAACUACAUAUUAGAUCCGAGGACGCGCGCAGCAAUGGACAUUGACAUCGAAGGGUCGCUCAUAAUCUUUGACGAGGCGCACAACAUCGAGGACACCGCGCGUGAGGCGGCGAGCGAGGAAACUUGGCUCGAAGAAAUCGCUUACACUGUCGAACGUCUGAAAGAGGUGCGACGACGAGCCACGGUGAACUUAAUCGAGACAGAGCUGUUGAUGAAGACGAUGAACGGGCUUUACGAGUGGUUUUUACGUUUCUGCGAUGAUUCGAGUGACUGCUACGGCUUGCAGCAGAAUCCACAAGCGUUUGAAACGUGUUCGGCGACGAUUCGCGGUGAACAGAGUCUUCAGGCUCUGGAAAACAUCGGACUUACUCGCAGUAGUGUCUCAGUCGUCAUGGAAGCGCUCGUAACGGUCACCAAGCAUAACCAGGAAAAUAAAGAUCCAAAGGAGCGCGUGCCGGGAGGCGUAUUUGCCACUUGCGAAAAAGUGUUGAACCCGAUUAGAUUUUUACUUUCAAAGGGUGAAGCCACUGCACGUGAUUACAGAAUUGUCUUUACGAAAACAAUCGAUCCCGAACGAGUUGCGACAACGCAGCAUAAGAGUUCUCAACUGAAGAGGUUACCGAUCGAUGAGGUCGUUAAGAUAAAUUUUUGGGCGUUGAAUCCCGCGCUGGCGUUCAGAGAUCUCGUCGGCGAGGACGGUGCGCGCUCUGUCAUUUUAACUUCUGGAACUCUCGCACCAUUGAACUCUUUUGCGAGUGAGCUCGGUGUUGAAUUUCCGAUCCGACUUGAAGCGCAACACUGCAUCGACAUGAAACGUCAGGUGUAUGGAAGUGUCGUCGGCAUCGGUCCAAACAAUGUUCCUAUGAACGCCGGAUUCAAGUCUCGAAGUGAUUACGGAUUCCAAGAUGAGCUUGGCACGAGCUUGAAAGAGUGGGCUCAGGUCACACCUCACGGCAUGCUGAUGUUCUUCCCUUCUUACAGCUUGAUGGAUAAUAUAAUUCGUCGUUGGCGCGAGACCGGGAUGUGGCAGACCAUCGAGAAAGCGAGCGGCAAACGGAUGUUUCAGGAGCCGAGCAAGUCAUCACACAACUAUGGGAAAAAACCGCUCACUCUGGAACAGAUUAUGGUGAAGUAUUACGACGCGAUAGCGAAGAGCGUACGCGCGGCAAAGCAUCCUUACGCACCAGCGCCGGAGACUGCAACGUGUCGAGGCGCCAUUUUAUUCGCCGUGUGCCGAGGGAAAAUCAGCGAAGGCAUCGAUUUCGCCGACGCGAACGCUCGAGCUGUGAUAUCGGUCGGUAUUCCAUAUCCAAAUAUCAAAGAUUCACUCGUCGCGGAGAAGAGAAGUUACAACGAUGAAGGACGUGGGCAAGGUUUAUUGAGCGGAUCGCAGUGGUACGAUCAGCAGGCGUAUCGAGCGCUCAAUCAGGCUGUCGGUCGAUGCUUGAGACACCGUCACGAUCACGGAGCCAUCAUACUCGUGGACGAACGCUUCAAUCAACGAAACAUCCACUCGUUGCCCAAAUGGUUGCGACCAGCGAUUGUGCACAAUCCUGGUGCACAAUUUGCGGACCAGUUGGCAAGUUUGAAACAAUUUUUCGCCAUCCACGCAGAGAAUCCACCAGGAGAAGACGAGCCAGCGUCCAAGGCGAGGAGUGAGCGCGCAAAGCUUGGCAAGCGAGAAAGAGUCUCGAUAGGUGGAAAUUCGCCGCGAAAAGCGAUGCGAAACACUCCGAUCACACACUUUUUUAGCAAGACGAGUGCGAGCGGCGAAGUCGGUGGUGAUCCAUCAAUCCUGAAAGACGCCUCUCCGAUGAAAAGCGGAGACGACGAUCACACCUACAAAGUACCGAUCCUAGAAGAUGAAGAUAUUGAGAUCGAUCUCGAGGAUCUAAACGCACUCGUACAGGGUGUUCAGGCGCGUUCACCCUCUCACGUCGAGCGUAUCCAAGAAAUUUCUCCAGAGGCGAUGUGCGCCCAGAUAAUGGAUGGAAUUGAGUGGGACGAUGACGACGACGAGGAAGUGUGGCUUGAGCAAGCGAUGCAAGCGACGCAGACGGUUCGAACGAUGAGUAAGAUGGAGAGUACGACGCCAACGACUGAAACGAAGUGUCAGGAUGUCGUUUCGCCGCUGAAAGCGGAAACGCCAUCCGAAGAAACUAUUUCUAUCGCUCGAUUGUACGACAGGUACAAACGUUGUGCCUCGUGCGGAAACGCGCUUCCUUCACAGAUUAUCACCGAGUCUAACGAGCGAGUAAUCAUGAAGUCGAGUUAUUUGGAUGCUACGUGUGGCGCGGACUCUGGCGCCUCGCACAAUUUUAUCUCGUUCGAGAACGGCGAGGGUGUGUGUCACGGCUUUGCGAGCGAUGUGGUCGAUUUCGAUCAAGAACUGCGCAUCGCCUUCCGCAAGUUGAAGUCGUGCGACUGCACGCGAUUGAUAGGUUUCCAAGUGGAAGCGACGAACGUCGAAUACGCGCACUUAUUGGACCGAAAACUCAUGAUUACGAGAGACUCGUUGUAA